AUUACGAUUGGUCAACUUGCCCCGGGUGGUGCGGCGGAGCGGAGCUCUCAAAUGCGCGCCGGUGACCGAUUAGUGUCGGUGAACGGGACUCGAGUGCUUGGUGGCAGUCAUGCAAAGGCUCUUGCUCUUCUCGAGCGCGCCGCAGAGGCUCAUGGGGAAGUUACCCUUGGUCUCUGGCGUCCACCACCUUCUCUGCCGGCCUCCACCUCCACAUCUACGGUUUGA